UCCUUUUCAGCUUUCCACAUAUACGGAAAGAACUGUCUUAGAGGUUUAUCGGAAGCCAAUUGUGACUGUUAACUCCUUGAUGUACAUGCCAUUUAAUAAAGUAUGCUGACUUUGUCAGCGCACACUGAACAAGGAGGAGACAUGGAAGUUGUGCUUGGAUUGAUGGUGAUUCUACUGGGAGUGUCUCAUGAAUCUUUGAAAGAUUGAAACCACAGUGUGGGUGAAUGAAGAGCAUGGAACAGUUUUUUAUCAUUGUGCUAUUAGCAGGAGGAACUCAAGCUCUCAUUCCAGUUGAUGAGACUACAUGUGACCUCAGGACGAGCACAUGUCCAUGCUCUCCUCUUCUUGAAGGAACUGUGUAUGUCCAAGUGAUGACUGAUGCUAGUGGCCGUGAAGUGACAUGUUUGAAGAUGCUUCCCACCGUGAAUAUAAUUGUGUUCAAUCUGAAGAAAGAAACAAUAACAAUAGACAAAGAAUUUAACAACAGACUGCAGUUUCUAAUCAGGAAUGGGACAAUCAAGAUCACAAACCUGAGGAGGAAUGAUUCAGGUCAAUAUAACAUUGAGGUCUUUAAUUCAGGUGGAGUCCGAGAGAAAAACAUUAAUUUCACCCUGGAUGUUAAAGGCAAUGACAAAGUUGAAAGCAAGUUAUCACACAGUUUUCCUUACCUGAGGAUAGUCUUUGCUGCACUGGGAUCUCCCCUGAUAGCAGUGUCGUGCUGCGUUGUGUAUCGGGAACUGAAGCAUCUUAAGAAGACUUCUAACAAGGCGGCCCAUGAUCAAAAGAGCCUCAGGUGUGAAACAGAGAAUAUAAACCUUAAGUGUGAGUCUGAGCUUUAGUGAGCUGACCUCCCUCAUAAUCAGCACUGGACACUGAACUGAGGAUCAAUGAAAAUGAAAACAGUUAGGAGGUGACUGUGGAAGUUUCAUACUGUAUCAAAAACAAUUUAAAAAUGUUAUGCUUGCAGCUUUGUAAUCAUAUUUUGGAGACCAGAUAAGAAUAUACAGUCAUGUAUAUUAUCCUGAUUCAAAAUUCCUUAAAUAACAAUAAAAACUUUGUAAAUGAAUGGGAAAUGUCUA